GUUUAGUUAGUGUUUUGUAGUUUAGAUAUGUAGACCAUAGUUCUGACUAAUGUAAUCAUGUUAUGAUAUUAUAUGUCAAUAAAAGUUAUAAUAAUCAAGCCAAUUAUAGCUAGUUUCAAUUGGGACUUGUGCAGGAAGCAACUUUGUAAUUAGCCAAAUAGGACUAAGAUCAUUUACUAACAAUAUCAUUUGCACAUUUGUAUUAAGAAGAUCAUCGAGUUAAGACACCAUUGGAUAUAGAAGGAUACCUUGAACUGUUAUUAUAUAGACUAAUUUAAAAAAAAAAUAUAAUCAUAAUUUUUUGGAUUAUUAUCGCUACAUUAUCACUACACCAUGGUUCUCAAGAAAACAGGUGGAAAGACUGACUGGCUCAACAUUGUGUUUAUAUGCAGUUGUUGCAAGGAUCAAUGGUCGACCAUAAAAGCAGGUAAACUACCCAAAGAUAACUACAAAGAGGAGGACAUUGUAAACAUCAAGGGGUGCCAGGCAAAGAUUCAGUUGAUAGCUGACAAAAAGAAAGAGAUCACAGAUGAGAUAAAGAGAAGAUAUGAGGAGGACCCAAAGGAAAUGUGCAGUAAAGUUUGCCAAGAAAUAGACUCAGCAUUCAUACAAUGCAGAGAUGACCUGCAAAAGAUUGCUCAGGAUCAGCAGUGUCGGGAAGAGAGGCAUAAAGCAUACAUGAAAGGGGGCAAGCACAGGCAAGCACUCUUACAUGUUGGGCUUAGCGUGGGGAGUCUCAACCAGUUCACGGAUGAUGAAACUGAAUAUGCAAUGGUAAAGCUACGAAAGCUGGCUCUCCCAACUGACGUAAAGAGAGAUGACUACUGCCUAUUAGUAUUGUUGCCGUAUCUGUUGGAAGAAGUUGUAAAGAGGAGAGGAAUUAGUGACAGAGAAGGGGCCAAUGCCAUUCCAAUGGAGGAAUCUGGUGAAGAACGAAUUAUCAAUGAUUCAUUGCCUGACAACAGUGGUGAUGAUGAUGAUGAAAUUCCCCUAAGUGCUGUUCUGAAGAAAAAGAAACCACAAAAGGGGAGGAAAAGAAGGGCCUUAGUUUACAACUUUAGUGAUGACGAUGAGACUGAUGUAGCAGAGUUAAUAGGCAAGAAUAAAAAGGUGGCACCUUCAGACUCAGAAUCAUCACUGCCAAAGCCAAAGCCGAUCAGGAGGAAGAAACCCCAGUUGCAAGUAGAACCAAAUAGAGCUUUGGCGCUGGCAAAUAUGAUGAGGAGUGUCGAACAAUUUAAUCAAUUGCAGAAUGCCACUUGCAAAACACAGGGAAAUUCACAAUCCUCUGGAGACACUACUCCAUCUACAGAUGAAACAAGUGAAAAGAUUCGUGUAAUUCAACAACAAAUGCAGACAACGAUAUCCAGAUUAAAUUCUUUGGAGAAUGAUGUGUCACGGCAAAAGGAGGAAAUUGGAAUCAUAAGAGAACAGACAAACUCAAUAAACUCAAAGAAUGAUUGUAUCCUUGCUGCACUAGCAAGAAUAGAAGAAAAACAAACUGUAACACCUGUCAUUGAAGUACCACAAGAACCUGUACUUGAGAUUCCAACAGAGGCUGAAGAACGAAAUUUAAUGUUGGACCUGACCUCAGCAUUGGCAACAGUAAAUUCAGGUGGAUACCUGGACCUGGUGAACGACUGUCCACCUCCUCCUCCACCCCCAUCAGAACCAGCACAGCAACCCCAAAGGACUUUUUGGACGGAUAUGCCAACUGGAUAUCCUAUGGCCUUGCUACCAGCAACCGAAGAAGAAAAGGCUAUCAUAGGACUGAAGGCCAUACCCCACAGCCUAAAAUCUGAGAUCACUGGAAUACAGGACGAUAUCAAGGCUGCAAGGACACUCAUAAAUGCUAUGAUGACAAAGAGAGAACUUUCAUCAACAACACCAAGUGGGAAAUCAACUGAUGCGACUAAGAUCAUCAUAGGAAAGACAUCUUGUAUUGGCAUCAGACAUGACUUGAUGUUUGAUUACCUGAUCAUAAACCGAGGGAUGAAAAGAACACAGGUUAAUGCAGUGCUGAGCACAAGGAAUAGAGAGGUAUAUAGAUUGCUCCAGCGACAGAAAUUAGCCACAGGCAUCAACAAUUAAUGAUCAACCAACUGUCACCAUAAAACCUGGUUAACAGACAAUAUCAAAAUUCAUCCCGUCCUUUGUGGAAUAUUGGAAAUUCUUAACUGUAAAAUUUUGAAUGCAAUGAAUCGAUAUAUAAGUGGAUAUUUUGUUUAUUGGGAUUUGCCCUUUUCUAGUUUGCAACCAAAACCAUGUAAUGGACGAUGCCAAACUUCGUCCUAUAUGGAAUGCUGGAGAUAUUUGUAAAUAUUUUUGUUACAUUAUGAACACUAUUUUAAUUCGCAACCAAAAACUUAAUGUAACAGACAAAAAUCCAACACAUGUCAUAUCAAAAUAUUGGCAACACUGUAAAUAACUGUAAAUAUGUUAUUCCUUUUUAUUGUAAAUAAAUUACAUGUAUACACAUAA